AUGGCGAGCAGGAAACUUGUUCGAGACCUGGUGCUUUCACGACAGCCCCUGUUUCUUCAGUUCACAUCUAAGCAGGAUUCAAGCAGGAGAUUACAAGUGCUAUCAAAUUACGGGUACUCGUAUUCUGGCUAUCGUCGAUUUAGCGUCUUCAAUGAGUUUUCCAAGAAAGUUAAAGGAGAAGCUGAAAGAAAUCAAGAAUUUAAACAGUCAGUUAAGGAACUGAAGGAAAAAACAGAAGAACUGAAAGGGGUGAAAGAUGAGCUCAAAGUUAGAACAAAGCAGACAACUGAGCAGCUGUACAAGCAUGUGGACGGCGUUUGGACGGAAGCUGAGGCUACCGCAAAAAAGGUUUCGGCCAAUGUUAAAGAAAAACUUUCAGCCGCUACAGAGGAGGUCAAAGAAACGUUUGGUAUUGGGAAAGAAGAGUCAUCAGAGUCUGCUGGCACAUCAGCUAAAGGUGGUGCUGGUGCUGAAGAAGGUAGAAAGGCCUCGCCUGGUGAAGAAGCAGACAAGCAGACUGGGACUAGUGAUUCGGCAGAAACUUUAUUUCGAAAGUUUAAAUCACGCAUUCCUUCCUCAAAUGUAUCUUCGGCCUUCCAGAAAUUGAAAGAAGCAAGGGUCAGUGAAAUAAUGAAGAAAGGAUAUGACGUUGUGAAGGAUGAGUUAUAUGGUAAUACCAGUAGGAGAAAGCACCUGGAAUAUACUCCUCCUCCUCCCUUUGAUGGUGAAAUAAGUACGAAAACUGACAUCGUUGUUCUACCCAUGCAAGGUCAUCCUUUAUUCAAGCGUUUUGCUGGCUACAGCGAACCUGUUGUGACAAAGGGUCAAGAGAUUGCAGAGGACAUGCGGGAAAGAUGGGAGACAAGUGAUAGUCCCAUUGUUCACAAAAUCCAGGAUGUCGGUGAUUCCAUCUUUCAAGAAAGUGAUGCUGCAGCGUCAAUCAAGGAAAUACGUCGCCGGGAUCCAUCAUUUUCUUUGAUGGAUUUUGUGUCAGAAGUUCAGGAAGCUACUAGACCUGUCCUUCAUGCUUAUAUGAAAGGGGAUGUAGAAACUUUGAAGAAGUACUGCACCCCUGAAGUGAUUAAUCGUUGUGAAGCAGAGCACAAGGCAUUUCAGGCCCAUGGUAUAUUUUUUGAUAACAAGGUAACAAGUUCCACUUUGAAGUACUUUCUUUAUGGUGCAAUGUUCAAGGUUUUCAGUGGUGUGACUUUAGCUACAUUGAGCUGA